AUGGGUAAGGAUAAGAGAGGUGUGGGCCAGGAUAAGAGAGGUGUGGGUCGGAUUAAGAGAGGUAUGGGUCAGGAUAAGAGAGGUGUGGGCCAGGAUAAGAGAGGUGUGGGUCAGGAUAAGAGAGGUGUGGGUCGGAUUAAGAGAGGUAUGGGUCAGGAUAAGAGAGGUGUGGGCCAGGAUAAAAGAGGUGUGGGCCAGGAUAAGAGAGGUGUGGGUCGGAUUAAGAGAGGUGUGGGCCAGGAUAAGGGAGGUGUGGGUCGGAUUAAGAGAGGUGUGGGUCAGGAUAAGAGAGGUGUGGGCCAGGAUAAGAGAGGUGUGGGUCGGAUUAAGAGAGGUAUGGGUCAGGAUAAGAGAGGUGUGGGCCAGGAUAAGAGAGGUGUGGGCCAGGAUAAGAGAGGUGUGGGCCAGGAUAAGAGAGGUGUGGGCCAGGAUAAGAGAGGUGUGGGUCAGGAUAAGAGGUGUGGGUCGGAUUAA